GCUCAGGGCAGCUUUGUCUCCGCAGUACGUCCUGGCGGUCGGGAGCUCAGUCUUCUAUGCCAUGUUUUACGGGGACCUGGCCGAAGUCAAGCCGGAGAUCCACAUCCCCGACGUGGAGCCGGCGGCUUUCCUCAUCAUGCUGAAAUACAUGUACAGUGACGAGAUUGAUCUGGAAGCAGACACAGUGCUGGCCACUCUCUACGCUGCCAAGAAGUACAUUGUCCCCGCGCUAGCAAAAUCCUGCGUCCACUUUCUGGAGACGAGUCUGGAAGCCAAAAACGCCUGCGUCCUGCUGUCUCAGAGCCGGCUUUUUGAGGAGCCGGAGCUGACCCAGCGCUGCUGGGAGGUCAUCGAUGCGCAGGCUGAGAUGGCCCUGCGGUCGGAGGGCUUCUGUGAGAUUGACUGGCAGACCCUGGAGAUCAUCAUCACGCGGGAGGCCCUCAACACCAAGGAGGCCGUGGUCUUCGAGGCCGUGCUGAACUGGGCCGAGGCAGAGUGCAAGCGGCAGGGCCUGCCCGCCACCCCCCGCAACAAGAGGCACGUUCUGGGGCCAGCUCUCUACCUGGUCCGAAUCCCAACCAUGACCCUGGAGGAGUUUGCCAACGGCGCUGCCCAGUCGGAUGUCCUGACCCUGGAGGAGACCCGCAACAUCUUCCUGUGGUACACGGCGGCCAGCAAGCCCCUGCUCGACUUCCCACUGACCAAAAGGAAGGGCCUGGCCCCGCAGAGGUGCCACCGCUUCCAGUCCUCGGCCUACCGUAGCAACCAGUGGCGCUACCGGGGGCGCUGUGACAGCAUCCAGUUUGCUGCGGACAGGAGGGUGUUUGUUGCGGGGCUGGGCCUGUACGGGUCCAGCUCCGGGAAAGCUGAGUACAGCGUGAAGAUCGAGCUGAAGCGACUGGGGGUUGUCCUCGCCCAGAACCUGACCAGGUUUGUCUCCGACGGCUCCAGCAGCACCUUCUCAGUCUGGUUUGAACACCCGGUGCAGGUGGAGCAGGACACAUUCUACACGGCCAGUGCCGUGCUGGAUGGCAGCGAGCUCAGCUACUUCGGGCAGGAGGGCAUGACAGAGGUGCAGUGCGGGAGGGUCACGUUCCAGUUCCAGUGCUCCUCUGACAGCACCAACGGCACCGGGGUCCAGGGCGGGCAGAUCCCGGAGCUCAUCUUCUAUGCCUGAGCACCGCAGGGAGGGGUGGAUGCACUGAGUUGGACGGGGGCUGCACCCUUUCUCCGCAGUGGCUGACAGGCUUCACGAGCUUUGUAAAUCUUUUGUACACAGUUGGCUGUAGCCAAAGGUAUGAAACAUGUUUUCUACACAG